UUAAAAAUAUCAGAGAAAAUCAGAAAAUGAACUUCAACACUUAGAGGAGUAAGAGGAUUUUUUUUUUAAAUGGCAAACCCUUGGCAAAGAGGCGAAGAACCCCAAUUUUCGAGCGCCUAAUAGAGCUGAAAGAGGCGCGGAGUGACCAUGGCGUCCGCAUCGGUACUUUCCGCCUUCCUGAUACUAGUCAUAUGCAGCGCGAGCGCCAACUCGCACCGGAGACAACGAAAAUCCCAGGCGUUCUCGCCGCUGUCGCGGAACGCCCCCAAGCCCAACAUCGUGCUGAUACUCACCGACGAUCAGGACGUCGAAUUGGGCUCGUUGAAUUUCAUGCCGAAAACGCUGAAGACGAUCCGGGAUUACGGGGCGGAAUUCCGGCACGCUUACGUCACGACGCCCAUGUGCUGCCCUUCCAGGUCUAGCCUUUUGACCGGAAUGUACGUCCACAAUCAUUUCGUGUUUACGAACAAUGAUAAUUGCUCGAGCACUCAGUGGCAAACGACGCACGAAACUCGAACGUUCGCCACUUAUCUAUCCAACGCCGGAUACAGAACAGGUUACUUUGGAAAAUAUUUAAACAAAUAUAACGGUUCAUACAUUCCUCCCGGCUGGCGGGAAUGGGGCGGAUUAAUUAUGAAUUCCAAGUACUACAAUUAUUCGAUUAAUAUGAAUGGAAAGAAAAUCAAGCAUGGAUUCGAUUAUCAAAAGGAUUAUUAUUCCGAUCUAAUAGCGAACGAUUCCAUCGCGUUUUUGAGACAUUCGAAGAAGCAGUACCAGUACAAGCCGAUAAUGCUCACCAUGUCCUUUCCGGCACCGCACGGCCCCGAAGAUUCCGCUCCUCAGUUUUCCAACAUGUUUUUCAACGUAUCCUCGCACCAUACGCCUAGUUACGACUACGCGCCGAAUCCGGACAAACAGUGGAUAUUAAAAAUAACGAAGAACAUGGCACCGAUCCACCGCGAAUUCACCGACUUGCUGAUGACGAAGCGCCUCCAGACGCUCCAGUCCGUCGACGACGCCGUCCAGAGGGUGGUGAAAGAGCUCGAAGAUCUCGGCGAGCUGGACAACACUUACAUAAUCUACACCUCCGACCACGGAUACCACUUGGGCCAGUUCGGAUUGAUUAAGGGAAAGAGCUUCCCGUUCGAGUUCGACGUGAGGGUGCCGUUUUUGGUGCGCGGUCCCGGCGUCGAACCCGGCACGAUCGUCAAUGAUAUCGUGCUGAACAUCGACCUGGCGCCGACGUUUUUGGACAUGGCGGGCGUGGAGCCGCCGCAACACAUGGACGGGCGGUCGGUCCUGCCGCUGUUUCACACUGCCAAGAGGAGGAAAAACAGAUGGCCCGAUACGUUUUUAAUCGAAAGUUCAGGACGACGGGAAAUUCCUCACGACAGAUCCAAAAACGCUAAAAACUCCAACGCAUCAUUUACCAACUUCACCGUGGAUCAUUCGGAAAUCACCGAAAAUUUCACAUUUUCCAAUUAUUCGGAAACCUCCGAUGCGACGUCCUACUUCUCAUCGACCGAAUCGUCGAGAGUUUACGAUUCUUCGGAAGACUUUUCUCCGGAUACGCACGUAGAAACGGACGAUGAUGACGAAAACGAGGAGGACGACGAUGAAAUUGAAGACGAUGAAGCAGACAUAGAAAAUUCCAAUGACGAUAUCAUAGAGGAUUUGGAAGAGCAGACUAAUUUAGAUAACAUCGGUAUGGCGUUUUCGAAAAUUGGUCAAGGGGAUAUGCAAUUGGACAACAGGUUGCUGCCCGUGUUACCCCCUUCUAAAAUGGAGCGGUUAGCAGUUGAAUGCCUGCGAUCGGACAUGAGGUUGCCUUGUAAACGAGGCCAAAAAUGGUUCUGCAAAAAUGAUAACGGAAAAUGGCGCAGGCGAAAAUGCAAACCCUCCACCAACCAAGAUAUCAUCCCAAUGCCUUCGCCGAAGGCAUACAAAAAAUGCGCUUGUUUCACUCAAAACGGCUUGAUAUACAAAAGAUUACCGUUACAGACCAUUUCAAGAAAAUCUCUGAGAUUGAAGCGUCAUUCCGACCUGGACGAAAUGCUAUUCGAAGAGGAUUUAAACGAGCCCCAUUUCCUGACGAGGGAAGAGAGAACGUUAAACUUGGCCCACUUGGAAAAAUCCAUGGAAGACGUAGAAGAGCAAAUUCACGAUCUCAGAGUAAACCCCACUCGCCGCAUAAAUCCGAAUCGACCAAUAAAUCCAUUUAAAUUCCAGCUCGAAAACGAAACGUUGGGCUCGUUGCCGAACGUUAGAACGGAAUUGUCGACGAAUUCCAUCGGCAGGCCGGCGUGCUUCGUGCGCAAAGGCAAAAUCACCUGCACCAACGACAUCUACAGGGACAAGAAAACGUGGCGGCUGUCCAGGCACAAAGUGGAAAACGAGAUACAGGAACUCAAGCACAAACUGGAGACGCUGAAAGAGAUCAGGAGGCAUCUGAAAAACACCAGACCGCCCGGCGCCGUCGAAAGAUCGAACUCCUCGGAAUUGAGCUCGUUCAACGAGCUGCUCUUCGCCAGAGGCAACGCCCCCGUCGAUAUUCCCAGCAAACCAAACAUAUACAGACCUAUGUCCGUCAAUAACAGCAGAUUUAACAGCAAAAAAAGGAAGAAGAGACCCAAUUUCGAUGUGGUUCCGGACGCCUCCACUACUGAUGUUCCUAACAAAAACUCAACCGAAACAACCACGUUUCCCAAUAGCUUCCCAAUACAUCACAGACACCGGCAUAAAUUUACACAGAAACCACCCUCUAGCACCACUCGCCCUAGUGAUACCACUACUUCAAGGUCCAGGAAAGUUCAAACGUCCAGCCAGGUGAUCCCGCUGUCCCGUCGAAGGACGAAGCCGAACCUGUGCCACUGCGAGAACGAGGCGCCGCGCGCCGCCGACGACAAGGACCUCGACGUCGAGGGCAAGCGCCGGCUGAAGGAGGAGAAGCUGCGGAAGAAGCUGCGCAAGAUGCGCAAGAAGGAGCAGCUGAUGCGAGAGUGCGGCUUCGAGAAGAUGAACUGCUUCCAUCACGACAACGAGCACUGGAAGACGGCGCCGCUGUGGACGGGCGGGCCGUUCUGCGUGUGCAUGAACGCCAACAACAACACCUACUCGUGCGUGAGGACCAUCAAUUCGACGCACAAUUUCCUCUACUGCGAGUUCACCACCGGUUUCGUCACUUUCUACAAUCUAAGAAUAGAUCCUUUUGAGCUGCAAAACAGAGUGGACUCUUUGAAGCCUGAAGAACGAUCUUAUUUACACGACGUCUUGGUUCGUUUGAUGGCCUGCAAAGGGAAGUCGUGCACUUUAUCACAACCCAACGGACAUCAUUUGAAAAUAAAACCCAGAUAUAAUGUUCAAAUGACAUCCGGCAACAGUCAAAAACUUUACAGAGGAAAAAACGUAGAAGGAGUUGGUAGUAAUUCUUCGCAUAGGUGGUCGCAUUUGAACAAAUCUGAUGCAAGGAGGAGAGAUUGGAGUAGAAAUGCAACGCAAUUGGAUGAGAUGCCUCAUCGAAAGAGACGGAAAACGUAGACCUUCCACGAUACUGAGCUUGUUUAUCCUACGAUCAGGUUUUGGCUAUUAAAAUUGUUUUACAAUUAUGGGAAUCUUUCGAAACGAUUUUUAUGAAGCUGUCGGAUUUCUAUAGUGUGUACUGAUUUAUACUAUAAGAUUUUCAUGAACCAUAUCCUGGAAAAAUUAAUUGUAAUGUGUAAAUUGGCACGCUAUUUUGUACUAAUUAGGCACGGCGCAGAGCAGAAUAGCGGAGGAGUUUUUUUUGGGUUAUAUUUUAAAUUCAAUAUCGCGAGUUUCUUCAUUUAUCGACGAAAAUAUACGCAGUUGGUACUGAGACGAAGCACUUAUCGUUAGUCAGCAUAUGUAAACACAAUUUACAUAAACUGCAAUAAUCGAUUCAAUUAUUUAUUAACAAUGAUUUUCGAAUCUUGAAAUAAAUGGGUAGUGAUUAAGAAAGGUAUCGUCGCAAUGAUUACGAUCAUUUUUGCUUUAACUGAUGAGUUUACUUGUAUAAAAAUCCAGCGGAAAGGAAUAAUUUCUAAGUGAUAUUAGACGGCUCCUACACCAAAUUCUAGCAAUAAUAUUAAAAUGCUUUAAAAUCAAUAUAUUUAUUAAUUUAUUUUUUUUUAUUGUAAAAAGUGUAUUUUAAUCAACCCAUAUUGGUGUUUUAGAAAGCUGAAAAAUUGUUUUAAUAAUUUUGGCACAGAAAUGUAGUGUCUAAAAUACCAAAUAUUAUUUGUAGUUCAUUAACUUGUAUUAAAAGAAAAACGAAAUAAAUUAAUUUUUAGCGGAUAUCGGUUUCAUUUAAAUAGUUAUAACCUUUUAGAAUCCUGAAUUAUUCAUUAGUUAUUUAGAUAUGUUAUUAACCGGGUGCUAUAAAAAGUUUAUGGCCUAGAACUUUUAAGUUUAAUAGCUUCGAUAGUCACUUAAAUUCAAAAAAAUGAUUUUUCGAUUAUUACUCCGUAAAUAUAUUCAUCUUUAAAAGUGGGAUAAGAUAAAUAAGCAAUUUUAGGCUAACAAAAAUCACCUGCUUAACGAAUUAUAAUUAAUUUACUAUAUGUACUGUUCCAUAUACAGGGUGGCACAUUAGUAUGAAAAAGUUCCACCAUGUACUUAAAAAACUGAUCCAAAGUCUCGUUUACACUAGGCUUGAGGCUUGGCGAGUCGUACUCGCAAUUAUCCAAAUAAGUUGCUCUCUAAACAUGCAAAUUUUGUUAGUAAAAGUUUGCAAAUAUAAUGUCCGAUUCAUGUUUAUAAAUUAUUUCCUCGUUUUAUUCAUGUUAUAACAAAACGAAUC